AUGGAGGGAAACCAUAUCCAGUAAAUUAUAUAUUGAUAUAUGUAUACGUAUAUAUUACUGUAAUGAAUAACGUAACAUAUUUUGAUUAUAUAAGGUAUCUACAUUUGCUAUAUUGGAAAAUAUGUCACAAUUGGCCAUCGGUUUAGCCAACGGGGUAGUUAUUUUAAUUCGUGGAGAUUUAUCUAAAGAUAAAGCAAUAAAACAAAAAGUUGUUUAUGAAGGAGAAGAACCGAUUACAGGACUUGGAUUUAGAGAGCAAACAAAAUCGACUAUCCUAUUUAUUGUUACUACAAGUAAUAUCAUGUCUUAUAAUACAACAGCUGUCAAACCUACUGUAACAAUUUUGGAUGAGCAAGGAUGCGGCUUAGGAUGUGCUGUAAUGAAUGAUCAACAAGAAAUGGUUGUAGGCAGAGAUGAAGCUAUCUACUUGUAUGAUCCAACAGGAAGAGGACCUUGUUUUGCCUAUGAUUCGCCCAAAUUUUCACUUACUUGGUUUAAGUCAAAUUAUUUAAUUAUUGUUUCACCACCUAUAACUACUUCAACUCAUUUCUCAACUGGAAAUCGGUCUCCAUUCAAUUUUAGUUCAAAGAGAAUCUCUGCUAACGAAUUAACUAAAAUUGCUAUCUUUGAUACAGCAAAUAAGUUUGUAGCCUAUGUUGGUACUUUUGUAGGAGGAAUCCGUGGAGUAUUUUGUGAAUGGAAUUCUAUUUGGGUUGUUGGCAUGGAUGGCAAGCUUUAUUGUUUAGAGGAGAAAGACACACCCACAAAAUUAGAAAUAUUGUUCAAAUUAAAUCUAUAUGUUUUAGCUAUUAAUUUGGCUCAUAUGCAAAAAUAUGAUGAUAGUAGUAUUGCGGAAAUAUUUAAAAAGUAUGGUGAUCAUUUAUAUAAUAAAGGUGACUAUGAUGGAUCUAUGGAACAGUAUAUUAGAACUAUUGGCCAAUUAGAACCCUCUUAUGUCAUUCGAAAGUUUUUGGACGCUCAAAGAAUAUACAAUUUAACAAAUUAUCUUCAAGAAUUGCAUUCUAAAGGCUUAGCAAAUGCAGAUCACACCACACUUUUGUUGAACUGUUAUACCAAGCUUAAAGAUGUUUCUCGACUAGAUCAAUUUAUUAAGGCCGAUACAGAUUUAAACUUUGAUUUGGAAACUGCUAUCAAUGUAUGUCGACAGGCUGGAUACUUUGAACAUGCAGUCUAUCUUGCAGAAAAGUUUCAAGAGCAUGAUAUGUACUUGGAUAUAAUGAUUGAAGAUAUAAAAAAUUAUGAUAUGUCUUUAGCCUAUAUUAAAAAAUUAGGCCCUUAUGAAGCAGAUAAAAAUCUUCAAAAGUAUAGCAAGAUAUUACUAACUCAUUUGCCUAAGGAGACAACUCAAUUAUUGAUUGAACUUUGUACGGGUAUAUUACCAUUAGCAGCUUCUAAUAAUCCAGCUACAACUUCUGGAACAAAAUCUCCUGCACCUAGUGACAAUACAAGAGCACUUUCCAACUUGCCCUUUAGCGGUCCUAGCGCAACAGAUACAGCUUCUAUAUUUUCUAAUCAUAGCACCCCUAAUGGUACUCUAUUGUCAUCUGCUCUAGGAAAAACACUUUCAACUAAAAAUGUAUCGAAUCGACUUGGAUAUUCUCCUCCUUCACCUCGCAAAUUUAUGUCAGCCUUUGUUGAUCAUCCUGACUGUUUGAAAGUAUUUUUAGAAGCAGUAUUUAAAAGGCUAUGGGGCGCACAUAUAACUUCUUCUCCAACAACAAUCUCUUCUCCCACUUCUAAUGAUACAGCAGUGACAUCUACAAAAGGAGAUCAAGGAGAAAGACAAUGGUCUGCUCAAGAGCAAGAAGAACGUAAAAUGAUUUGGAACACUUUAUUGGAACUUUAUCUAAUGGAUGAUGAUGAGUCUCUAUCAGCUCAGGACAGACAACGUCGUAGAAGAGAAUGCCACCAAAAGGCUUUAGCUUUAUUACAUGAUGAUAGCGUACAGUAUGAUACCAACCAGGCAUUAGUUCUUUGUCAAUUGAAACAGUUUGAUGAGGGUAUUGUUUAUUUAUAUGAAAAGACAGAAAUGUAUACAGAUAUAUUACGUUAUUGGAUGGAUAAAAAUAAUACAGAUUGUGUUAUUGAAUGUGUUAGAAAAUAUGGUCCUAAAGAUUCAUCAUUAUAUCCAAUGGUCUUGACUUACUUUUCUUCUACACCUGAAGUAUUAGGGAGAUCAACUCCAGAAUUAUUAUCUGUUAUGAAGCAUAUUGAUGAACAGGAUUUACUACCACCUAUUCAAGUUGUGCAAGCUUUAUCAAGAUCUAAUGUUGCAACAAUUGGCUUAUUAAAGGAGUAUAUUGGAAGAAAAAUCGAGCGUGAGCACCAGGAGUUAAAGCAGAAUGAAGAACUGAUUGAAAGUUAUCGUGAAGAGACUGCAAAGAGAAGAAAAGAAAUAGAAGAACUUCAGACAAGUGCUCGUAUCUUCCAAGUACAAAAAUGUUCCGGAUGUGAAGGUAAUUUGGAUCUUCCAGCUAUUCACUUUUUAUGUAAGCAUUCAUAUCAUCAACGUUGUCUUGGCUAUGAUGAUAAAGAGUGUCCUCAGUGCGCUAUUCAGCAUCGUAUGAUUACUGAAAUAAGAAGAACACAAGAAGCUAAUGCUGAUAGACAUGAUCUUUUCUUUGAUCAAUUAGAUCAUGAAGAAGAUGGAUUUGAAGUGAUUGCAGACUACUUUUCAAAGAAUACCAUGACUUUUGCAAAGCUUAUUGAUUAAAUAAUAAAACAACUUCUUCCCUGACCCUGUCAUUUCCAUCAAUUAAAUUUCAGCCCUUGUGAGUGUUACACGCCUUAAUUAUUAGAAGUUUUGUUAAAAGAAAAAAAAAAACCCCCACUAGUAUUACCAUUUUCCUAUAACUGCUUCCUCCUCUCAGCUCUUUUUUUUUUUCUUAUUGUUUAAA